AUGUGCCCUAGUUUUGACAGUGUCGGAGAUUGGUUCUCUGACCCCUCAACGACCGCCACCACCGUCGACCAAUUAUCCGGAUCACUACAGGGUGACACUCCGAGUCAACGUGAUAUUUGUGUAGUCUGUCACGAUAAUGCUAGCGGAUAUCAUUAUGGCGUAAUGAGCUGUGAAGGAUGCAAGGGGUUUUUCCGACGCACGGUGCAAAAGAAUAUGGAGUACACCUGCCACAAGGAGAAGACUUGUCCAGUGGAUCGAGUCAGUCGAAAUCGUUGUCAAGCCUGCCGGUUCCAGAAGUGCCUCGACAAGGGCAUGUCGAAGGUUGGUAUCCACCGGGGAAGGUUUUUUUAUGCUCUCCAAAUAAAAAAAAAGUUCUUUUUAAGGAUUUACUACAAAGAGUCGGACACUUUGUUUCGAAGAUCUCGCUCGACAACUCCGCCCCUUUUUCAGAGAACUGUCGAGUUCUUUUUGAUCUCUACAGCUCCUUUUCUUCUAUUUGUGUUUUUUCUCACAGCUCUAAGAGACUUCAAAUAA